UCAGCGAGACAGCUGCGCAGAGGGACAGACACUCAGAGGGAAAAAAUACUCUACACAGUCUAGACUUUGUUCCCAAAGAGCUUUCAACCUGAAAGACAACUGUGGACAAACAUCUACUUGGAUUAAUUUUACAGGAGUGCAUUUGGAGAAGCUUUGAAGACUCCAUCACCUCUUCAUACCCUCCACCGCCACCCACAGAACCUCCAUUUGACCUCGUCACCUCUCCUCAUCCUCUUGUCUGUGUGGUGCCCUGUGCUCCCCCAGGCUGCCUUAAGAGUGGGCAAAGCGCCAUGGUAACUCACAGCAAGUUUGACUUCGCGAUGAGCAGCAGCUACUUGGACUCCUCCAACAUGCGGCUGCCUCAGCGUUACAAGACUUUCGCCUCCAAGACGCAGUUCCAGAUGGUACUCAACACGCUCCACAAGCUGCAGGAGAGCGGCUUCUACUGGAGCGCCAUCAGUGGGAAGGAGGCCAAUGCUAUCCUGGCAUCCGAAGCCACGGGGACGUUUCUCAUCCGGGACAGCUCGGACAACCGGCAUCUUUUUGCCUUAAGUGUCAAGACUGCAUCUGGCACCAAAAACCUGCGAAUCCAAUGUGACUCAAACUCUUUUUACCUGCAGACUGACCCCAAAAACAUUCAAUCUAUUCCCCACUUUGACUGCGUCCUUAAGCUGGUGCAUUUCUACAUGUCUCCAAGCAAAGGGAACUCACGCAGUGGGAGUAUCUACUACAUUUACUCCGGAGGGGAGAAGAUCCCCCUGGAGCUCAUCAAACCUCUUUCCUGUAGCUUAUCCACACUGCAGCACCUGUGCAGGAAAACAGUGAAUGGACAUUUGGACAUUUCCUCCAGAAAAGACCAACUUCCUCACAAUCUGAAGGAGUUCCUGCAGGAGUAUGACUCUCCUAUCUAGAAGUGUUGGACUGAUGCUCUUGAAGGGGCAAAGACUUGUGGUUUUUGUGCAGCUAUAGAAGGAAAAGUGUGGCUGAUUAAAGAGUCAUAUCGCUGGGAUUAAGUCUCAGGCCUGAAGAAAAGACGCUGGGUUUGGGUUCUGAGAAAGAGAGAGAGAACCCUCUCGAUGACGUACGGCUUACUGAAAACUGAAGUGCGGCUCAGAGUCAGCUGUCUGCCAUCUGAUGACACACAAGUUCCUUCUUCUGCUGCUGCUGCACUCACACGCACACAGAAAACCAUCCAUCCAUUAAAGCUGGACUGGCUUUUACAAUCAGGCUGGCUUUUUUUAUGAAUUUUUGCUGACGUAUUAGACACGUCCGGCAUCCUGGCCUCCCUGACCAAGUGAGCUGUAAACUCAGAGACAGUGGAAACUUACCUGGACACUCAUGGUCAUCUAGGACCAGAAUUUUACAAACCAGAACCAUUUUUAGAGUGUCAUCCAGAUGGAAGGGCUUCUGCCAAACUUGCCUAAACUAGACAACAGUUAGUUGGAGCUGACUGAAUCAGGAUCCUGCUUGAGAGAGGAGCACCACUGUUAGUGAGGAACCAAAUAAAGGUGGUUGUUUCCAUGUGGCACAGACAGCAAUGCCAUUUUUGCAUAUGAAUGUAUCACAUAUGGUAUCAGUCUUUUCUAAUCGAGGAAAAGAAUCAAAAUGUGUCUUAUUUUCAUGAGUUUACAUGAGUGAAAAUGAAGUGGAAUCUGUUUGUGUGCUGUCUUUUAUAAAGAUGUACUCUUAACCAGCCUAACCUCUGGCUGUGAAUGCUUGAAGAUAUUUUUAAAGAAGUUUGACAACAAGCAGACUGAUACGACUUUUGCACUUAUUUAUAUUCAUAAUGACAUUUCAUUAAUUUAUAAUAAAGAGCACUAUUUUUCUAUGAAAUGAAA